CAGUGCUCUGCUCUCUCACUCAGAAUAAACACAGACGAGCAGGCAAGAGCAGCCCAGUAUUCUAGUGUCUCAGUUGGAGCUCAGACACACGCUCACAGAAACACACACACACACAGACACACACGGGAGAUAAGAGAGAAGAAGCCGGCUAACGCCACAGCUGCCUCGGCUGCCACUGAUGUUUUAGCCCAGAUGGCGGGGAACUGUGAAGGGGAGCAUGUGCUGACGGGUCUGGACGAGGAGGCCAUCAUUGACCUCGGGAAGACCAGCUCCACCACCAACACCAACUAUGAGACGGAAGACCUGGAGAGCCACAGGGCGGUCUAUGUCGGGGUCCAUGUGCCGCUGGGCCGGGAGAGCAAACGCAGGCACCACCGCAGAGGCCACAAACACCACCGCAAGAGGCGGGAGCGGGAGGAGGACCGCGAGGAGGAGGACCCCACUUAUGACACACCCUCCCAGCGGGUGCAGUUCAUCCUGGGUACAGAGGAUGAUGAUGUGGAGCACGUCCCCCAUGACCUGUUCACCGAGUUGGACGAGCUGUCUUUCAGGGACGGGAGCGCCACUGAGUGGAAGGAGACCGCCAGGUGGUUGAAGUUUGAGGAGGACGUGGAAGAUGGAGGGGAGCGUUGGAGCAAGCCCUACGUGGCCACCCUGUCUCUACACAGCCUGUUUGAGCUGAGGAGCUGUAUCCUCAACGGCACCGUCAUGCUGGACAUGAGGGCCACCUGUAUCGAGGAGAUUGCAGACAUGUUGAUUGACAGCAUGGUGGCGUCUGGCCAGCUGAAGCAGGAGCUGCGUCAGAAGGUGCGUGAGGCCAUGUUGAAGAGACACCACCACCAGAACGAGAGGAAGCUCAGCAACCGCAUCCCGCUGGUGCGAUCAAUCGCAGACAUAGGCAAGAAACAUUCAGACCCGUUCUUGCUUGAGAGAAAUGGGGAGGGCCUCUCCGGCUCCCGCCACUCCCUGAAGCCGGGGGCCUCCGUCUCCAACCUGUCCCAGAGGCGAGAGUCCCGGGUCUCCAUCCUCCUCAACCUCCUCCUGCCAAACUCCUCCUCCACCUCCGCCGGGGGGCACUCAACUGGAACCUCGCCCCUCACCACCCCCCAGAACACGCCCCCUACUCCCCGCCGCUCCCCAAACCCUCCCCGCGCUUCUGGCCCCGUCCCGGUCCGCCAGGCCAUCCCGGAGGUGGUGGUGUCACCGCCUGAGGACGACGAGUCGCCACCCACCGCCAUUACGAAGGAUGAGGAGGCGUAUUCCGCUCGGCAACCGUCGCUGCAGACUAGAGGGCUCCAGCAGCUGCCCUUAGAAGGGCCACUGAUAUCCACGCACUCUGUCCCCAGUAACCUGGAUAGCAGCAGCAAGGCCGGAGACAGGAGGCCCUCCAAAGCUGGGGUGGACAUGAACUUCAUGAAGAAGAUUCCUCCGGGGGCUGAGGCGUCCAACGUGCUGGUAGGCGAGGUGGACUUCCUGGAGAAGCCCAUCAUCGCCUUCGUACGCCUGUCUCCCGCCGUCCUCAUCACAGGGCUCACGGAGGUGCCCGUGCCCACCAGAUUUCUGUUCCUGCUACUGGGUCCACACGGGAAAGGCCCUCAGUACCAUGAGAUUGGCAGAUCCAUGGCCACACUGAUGACAGACGAGAUAUUCCACGAUGUGGCGUACAAAGCCAAAGACCGGACGGACCUGCUGUCUGGGAUAGAUGAAUUUCUGGACCAGGUGACAGUUCUGCCUCCAGGAGAAUGGGACCCCACGAUACGAAUUGAACCCCCCAAGAACGUCCCAUCACAGAUGAAGAGGAAGAUACCCUCCCAGCCCAAUGGGUCGGCCUCACCCUCUGGGGAGAUGUUGGAGGAGGAUGAAGGCCACGGAGCUGGGCCCGAGCUGCAAAGAACCGGACGGGUCUUUGGAGGCCUGGUGAUGGAUAUAAAGCGGAAGGCCCCGUUCUACUGGAGCGACAUCCGGGACUCGUUGAACCUGCAGUGUCUGGCCUCCAUCCUGUUUCUCUACUGCGCCUGCAUGUCCCCUGUCAUCACCUUCGGAGGGCUGCUAGGCGAGGCCACAAAGGGCAACAUAAGUGCCAUAGAGUCUCUGUUUGGGGCGUCCCUCACAGGAGUGGCUUUCUCUCUGUUUGCGGGGCAGCCCCUCACUAUCCUGGGCAGCACGGGGCCUGUCCUGGUUUUCGAGAAGAUCCUCUUUAAGUUCUGCAAGGACUACGGCCUGUCCUACCUGUCUCUGAGGACCAGCAUCGGCCUGUGGACGGCCUUCCUCUGCCUGGUCCUGGUGGCUACAGACGCUAGCUCCCUGGUCUGUUACAUCACACGCUUCACAGAGGAGGCCUUCGCCGCUCUCAUCUGUAUCAUCUUCAUCUACGAGGCCCUGGAGAAACUCUUCCAGCUGGGGGAACACUACCCCAUCAACAUGCACAACGAGCUGGACAACCUCACACUCUACUCGUGUCAGUGUUCUCCACCGGCCAACGCCUCCGCUCAGAUCUUGCAGACGUGGAACCAGACAGGACACACACAGGACUCUAUCUCCUGGAACAGCCUCAACGUAUCGAUGUGUAACCUGCUCCAUGGAGAGUUUGCUGGUCCUGCCUGUGGUCACCAUGGCCCCUACAUCCCAGAUGUCCUCUUCUGGUCCAUCAUCCUCUUUUUCACCACCUUCUUCCUCUCCUCUUUUCUCAAGGAGAUCAAGACCGAGCGAUACUUCCCUACAAAGGUGCGCUCCACCAUCAGUGACUUUGCCGUGUUUCUGACCAUUAUGAUCAUGGUGCUGGUGGACUAUCUAAUGGGCAUCCCCUCUCCUAAACUCAACGUACCCGACCGCUUUGAGCCUACCUCCAAGCAUCGCGGCUGGCUGAUCUCCCCGCUGGGCCCCAACCCCUGGUGGACCCUGCUGGUGGCAGCGCUGCCCGCUCUUCUCUGCACCAUCCUCAUCUUCAUGGACCAGCAGAUCACUGCCGUCAUCAUCAACCGCAAGGAGCACAAGCUCAAAAAAGGCUGUGGCUACCAUCUGGACCUGCUGGUGGUGGCGGUAAUGCUGGGAGUUUGCUCCAUCAUGGGCCUGCCCUGGUUCGUAGCCGCCACCGUGCUCUCCAUCUCCCACGUCAACAGUCUCAAGGUGGAGUCGGGCUGCUCGGCCCCAGGAGAACAGCCCAAGUUCCUGGGCAUCAGAGAGCAGAGAGUCACCGGGUUCAUGAUCUUUGUCCUCAUGGGCUGCUCUGUCUUCAUGACCUCCGCACUCAAGUUCAUUCCUAUGCCAGUGCUAUACGGGGUCUUCCUCUACAUGGGAGUCUCUUCACUCAAAGGCAUUCAAUUCUUUGACCGUAUCAAGUUGUUUGGUAUGCCAGCCAAGCACCAGCCUGACCUGAUCUACCUGCGCUACGUUCCCCUGUGGAAGGUCCAUGUAUUCACCCUGGUGCAGCUCACCUGCCUCAUACUGCUGUGGGUCAUCAAGGCCUCCGCAGCCGCCGUCGUAUUCCCAAUGAUGGUGCUGGCCCUCGUCUUCAUUCGGAAGCUUCUCGACUUUUUCUUUACCAAGAGGGAGCUCAGCUAUCUGGACGACUUGAUGCCCGAGAGCAAGAAGAAGAAAGAGGAUGACAAGAAGAAGAAGGAGAGGGAGAAACGGGAGGCCCAGGCUUUAUUGCUCAUAGAAGAACAGGUGGGCGUGAAUGCUGUGAAGGUCCAUUAUGACGGUGGGAACCUGCUCAAGAUCCCAGUAAAAACUCUCUCAGGGAGAUCGUACAGAAUAAUCGCUCAUACCCUCCCAAUGGAUGAAGAGGCGGUAGGGCCAGGAGAAGGUGGCCUGUGUUAGAGUCAAUAUGGACACCACUGCGGCAGGAGGGCAGAGUUCAGCCUUGGAGACGGCCUUGUGAUUGAGGAGACCUUUGUCCUACUAACCCCACAGAGGGCCACUCUGGUACAGUGAGCAAGGUGAGAGGGUGAGCUAGGCCUGGAGCAGAUAAGUCAGACUGGUCUCUGGAGAAGCCCCUUUUGUGCGUCUCCUCGGUCAACAGUUGAGCUCCAGUUACCUCCAGUGGUCCAGUGUAGCUCUGGGGAUCCUGAGGCCCCCUCGGUACACAGAGGACUGACUUCCUUGCAGUGGCGAGCACAUUGCUUGGAUAUAAAUUAACCAGACUGACACCGACCCCCACCAUUCUGGGUCAAACCCCAAUGUGAACCAAUUAUUUCCCACAGCUGCCAAAAGAUGGGGCCACCACCGCCACACUGAUGCGGAAUCUUCUUUGAUUGUCAUGUAUGCGUGAAUUUACUUCAUUUUAAAAGGUAUAUUUUCUCAUCAAAAUUUUAAGCAAUAUUUUGUAAAAAAUAAAAUAAGAUUCACAUCCUGAGACAUUCUGGUCUCUGUCAAAUAAUAUAUUGUGUAUAGUACAUUUACAAAAUGUACUAUACACAAACCAGCUACACCAGCUCCAGAAGCACGUCACUCAAGCAAUGAUUCAGGUUUGAUUUCAACAGUUCAAACUGGUUACAUCAUGACUAGACACUGGUAAUCUAAACUGUUGCAAACCAAAAGAAGAAUGUAGACAUUUAGGCACCUAUACCCCAUAAUCUUUCUCGGUUGUGAAACAAUGACAGAAAGGUUGGAGUGGCAACAUCUUUUUACUGCCCCUGUACUGUAUCCGUACUGUAUACUCUGCAAGUUGCAUUCUCAGUAUUGAUAUCGCUGCUCAGAUCAAGUUGCUCAGCAUUUCUUUUUUUUGUCACUGUUGUGCUAUUUUAGUGGAAUUGUGUGCUUUUUAUGUUUUAAUGGACAAUUAAAAAAAAUACUAAUUUAAGGUUAAGGAAGUGAUAUGAAUAUUACAAUAAGCACUUUAGAUUUGUUUGCCAGUAGGAAUUAGUGCACAGGCCUGAAUUGAGUUAAAAACAUUGAAUCUGAAGAUCCACAGAACUGUUGUUGAAAUGUCUAGAAAAAGUAACAACUCAGGAAUCUACAUGAUUUCUGAUUGUGGAAAGUUCUUUACUCUCAUUUGUCUCACUACUCAUACCAUAUUUCAAUAGCAUAGCCUAUUUGUCUAUUGUUGGGACAAUUCUUUUUGAUAAACAGGAAAAAAAUAUCUAAAUUACUGUGCCGUUCAGUUUUCUUCUAAUAGCAAUGAACGUUAUUCUGUGCAGUAAAACUGUAUUGUACAACUUAUGCUGCACAUGUUUUAAUACUUGUCACAUGUAAAAAGUAAGUUCAGUAUUACAGACAUUUCCAAAAAUGAGCCGUAAAAUGUAUUGUAAUUAUAUAUUUCUAAUUUGCUUAGCACACAUGCUCCUGAUUUAGCAAUAAUAGACGAGUGCUGAGAACAAUGCAAUGUGUGGAGUGAUGGUUCUAUUGAGCUGUCUAGGGGGAGUUUGUCAAACCCCAUCCACUUUGUGUGUCUGCUCUAUUGACUAUAUUAGUGUGUAGCUGAUUAUACAGACAAUAGCUUAUGUGCCUUGUGAAUGCUCUUUGUGUCUUUUAGUCAUACUGUAAUCAAACUUUUCAGGUAGUACAAACACACAGCAGUAGUGAUCUGAAUGUUUUUGUGAAAAUCAUAUCCUCUUCAACCAAACCGGCAAACUGAACUGAUUAAUAAGUUACAAAUAUUAACUCAUUAGUACUUCAUUGUACCCAUUUUCUGUCAAGAUAUGUACUGUAUGUUUCUAUGUCACAGAUGUAGUGUUUGUUCACAAAUAGGAAGAACUGUAAUGUACUGCAAUAUCAGUGAAUGUGCACCGAUGUAUUGCAACUUUGUCACUGGUGAAAAUGACAAACCUGGUACAUUUCUCCAAAUAUUUUUUUUAACAAAAUAAUAAUUUGAAUAAUUUUAGUUUGAACAGAAUUCAGAUAAAAUGUUGGCUAUUUCAAGUCAUUACAAAUAUUGUCUUUGUGAUCCUAUAUGUGCGAAGUAGGUACCACAACUCAAUGUAUCCAUCGCAGUGCAAUGGAUUCGAUUGUGUAUUAUGUGAUCUGUACCAUAGAAACAGGGUGUUCUUCAGGAUAAUAUGCCAUUUAGCAGAUGCUUUUACCCAAAGUGACUUAGUCAUGCGGGCAUACAUUUUACGUAUGGGUGGUCGAGGGAAUUGAACCCACUACCCUGGCGUUACAAGCACCAUGCUCUACCAACUGAGCUACAAAGGACCACUUUAGGACCAUAUAUUACACUGACCUCACAACUGCUGUCAGUCAAGCACAGAAAAUCCUCCUGUCAUGUUGUUCAAUACCAUAACAUAGGAUGUAAAAAAAAAAAACAUUAUAUUUUUUUUUUUACUUUGCUGAUGGAAAGCAAUAAAAAGUGUGUAAAAUGUC